UUUAUUUAAUGCAAACCUGUACAUAAGUCAUUUUUUUUAAUGUAUAAAGUUGGACUAUAGAUGUCGCCCUUGUUUUUGAAUUGUCUUACCUCAUUUUUGUUUGGAGCUCUUUACAAACGCAUACAUAAUGGAGGAAGCUAUUUAUCAGGAUUGCAAAUAUUUUAUUGACAGUUUCAUAAAUGCGGGCGAUUAUAGUUUCGCUGGUUUUUCGAUGCAAUGGCGUUUGCAGAACAUGAAGCAAUUAAUUAAAGAGAACAUCCCAGAGGUAGAUACAAUACAAUCAAUCAACUGCAUUUAUAAUUUUGCUUGUAAAUGCAUGGGUGGCAAAGCAGUUUGGAGUUCGAACGAAUCAAUGAUAGAAAAGCAGCGUAUUGGGGCAAUAUUUCUAUUAUAUGCUACAUAUGUAACACAAGGUAAAAAUAUUGUUAAAAUUAAGUUAACUGCGCAGCUGUACAAAGCUAUGAUGACAUUUUUCAUGUCAUUACCGCAAAACCAAGUUCGACAAGAAUUACAAUAUGUAGCUGGAAAAUUGAUACAAUGCGGAGCCUUUCGAUUUUGUCUGCUUGACUUCCAAGCUGGACUUGACAUUUUUCCAGCUAUUAAUUUAAACAAUGUAUGUGAAGUAUAUACCGCUGGUGAUUUAGAAGAUUUUGAGAUGGAAUACAAUGAAUAUGCUCAAUACAUGGAACUUGUAUUCAUAUUGGUCGGUAUCCUUAGUAGACUUAGAUGCAGUUUAAAUUCAUCUAUGGGGUCUAAUUAUUUUUCAACCAAAAUAAAUGACCAAUUUAUUGCAUAUAUGAAAAAAUUCGGGGAAACAUUAAAACUUGCUAAGGAUGCAAAACUAGAUUGGGAAAAAAAUGAAAAUCGUGACAACAUAUUUAAGAAGAAUAUAUAUCAUUCAGAGAAAAAUAAUGAUGAUUUACAUAUUGAAGACGUGUCUACCUCGAAUACAACAUCAGGCCAUAACGGUAUACAUAUUCGACGUAAAGGAAACUAUGAAGGACGUCAAUCAGUAAUAACAAUGUUUAAAGAGCCAGAAGCAGAUUGGAUAAAAGAAGAAUAUAAUAAAAAUAACUAAAAUUAAGAUAAA